GCGCGAGUGACCAAGGUGGAGCGGGCGCUGCGUCGGCGUGUGCUGGGCGCGGUGCGGCCGCUGACUGGCAACGGGUCGCCACGCAGCAAUGUCGAGAUGGCGGUGCAGCACGCCCGCGCUUUUUCCGGAUUGAGCGCGGUCCCUGGGCGCCAGGCGCAGCACGUCAGCGCGACGAAGUGGCUGGCUGCGGCGGGUGGCGCGCUAGCCGUUGCUGCAGCGCUGGGCGGUGAGGCCCAUAGUGAAGCAAAGCAGGAGGCAUCGGCACCGGAGGGUGGCUACACUGUGAACCCGAUCCAGAAUGUGACGGCGCUGCUGCGGCUGUACGAGCAGAUCGACCAGAACAUGAGCGUGUUCGCGGCGCGCAUGCUGGAGGACCUGGAGAAGAGCGUGGAGAAGGAGAAGAAGGAGAACAGCGGCAAGCUCAAGCUGUCGCCCGAGCAGCGCGCGCUCAACAUGAGCAUCGCCUUCGAGUCCACGCUCGAGAAGGUGCAGGACGCGGUCUUCCGCAACAACUACGUGACCAAGGAGCAGGUGCAGGAGGCCAUGCAGCAGCUCGUGACGGGCACGCUGCGCGGCGGCGGCCCGGACGGCAAGAUCUCGGAGGCUGAGGCCGAGACGAUCGAGGACUUCGUCCGCAAGCUGGGACGCCUGCGGUGGAAGGUCACGGGCUCGCGCGACCCGCUGAUCCCUGGCGCCAAGUCUGCGUGGAUGGUUCCCGAGGACAAGCCGGACAUUGAGGUCUCGACGGUGAUUAGCGUCAUGGAGGAGCUGAUCCCGUCGCUGACGGCCGAGAUGGAGAAGAUCGCCACCACGCUGCGUAAGCAGAAGCUGUCGGACGCCGAGUUCCGCGGCCAGCUCUCGCAGCAGUACGUCAAGGCGUCGGGCAAGCAGACGGAGGAGAUCUGCAAGAAGUACAAGCUGGACCUGCGCGCGUUCCAGGCCGCGCUCAUGUACUACCACGACAACGAGCAGUUCGAGAAGGCGCUGGCGAAGCUGGCCGCGCAGCAGCAGAAGAGGUACGAGGCGACAGGCAAUGAGGAGGCCACUUUUUCUUUAUAUUUUCUUGUGAAUCACUAUGCUACAAUGGUAUCCUAA